CCUAGAUGCUGGUGUUUGGUUCCAGAAACAUAAAUCUUCGUCUUUCUUGCUCCUUCCCGAAGGCCAAAGACCGCCCACGCCGUUCAUCUCUCUCUAUCGUUCUCAGUUGGGUCCACGCUGCUCUGCCCCAAAUCUGAAUCAGGAUCAAGCAAGGCCGCUGAGAAGAGUAGUAUACUGAAGCAACGAUUCUUAAGGAGGAGGCAGGAAGCAUCUCAAUGUGAUAUGGCAGAUUUUUUGGCCGAUUAUUCUAUCCACUCAGAUAAAGCGGCAUCUAAAGCGACAUAAGAAUGUGGUUCCACACAUGGAAUCGGUGGAAUUCUUUUCACUGGCUGCCCAAUUUCGGUUGAGGUUCCUGAGUGGAAGUUCAAAGCUUAAGACUUCUUUAACACGGCUAUAAUGCUGAGAAAUUGUAAUGUUUCUAAUAUUUAUUUAAAGUGUACAAGAGUUGCUUGUGGGCAUGUGUCACGCAGUUCUCAAAACCUUAAAAGGAACUGCUGCAUAGAUGACAGGCAUAAUGAAGUGUUGCCUCUUCUCUUUCGUAAUUCUCAGAGUUCUGGUCAAUUUAAUCCCAAUUAUGAGGUAUUAGCAGCCCAUCUCAAAUCCUGUGCUGCCCUCUUAGCAAUAAAUUCCGGGAGAACACUUCAUGGGUAUAUUGUCAAGCGUGGUGAUCUUUCAUGCCUCUCUGUCUCUAAAGCACUGCUCAAUAUGUAUGCCAAAUGUGGUGCAUUGGAUGAUUGCAAGACACUCUUUGGUCAAAUAUGUUACCCAGAUUCUGUGAUUUGGAACAUUGUCUUAUCUGGGUUUGCUGCAUCAUGGAAGUUUAAUGGUGAGGUAAUGAAGGUGUUUCAUGAAAUGCAUGUUGUGGGGGUGGCUAAGCCGACUUCAGUUACUUUUGCAAUUGUUCUUCCUGCGUGUGCUCGCAUUGGGCAUAUAGAUAUGGGAAAGAGUGUGCAUGCAUAUGCAAUAAAGGCUGGAUUAGAAACAGAUGUUCUUGUGGGAAAUGCUCUUAUAUCUAUGUAUGCAAAAUGUGGGCUAGUCUCUGAUGAUGCAUAUACUGUGUUCGAGAACAUCACAGGCAAAGAUGUUGUUUCGUGGAAUGCAAUGAUUGCAGGGUUUUCUGAGAAUAAAUUGAUGAAGAAGGCAUAUGAGUUGUUCUGUCAGAUGGUCAAAGGAACAGUGGACCUAAACUAUGCAACUAUUGCAACCAUUCUGCCCAUUUGUGCUUCUUUAGAUAAGAAUGCCUACUGGUCGGGUAGACAGAUUCAUUGUUAUGUUCUGCGCCGGGAUGAACUAGCAGCAGAUGUUUCUGUUUGCAAUGCCUUAGUAAGUUUUUAUUUACUUUCUGGACAAAUAGAAAAGGCGGAAUCGUUGUUCUACAGGAUGGAAUCUAGAGAUUUGGUUUCAUGGAAUGCAAUUAUUGCAGGAUAUGCAUCAAAUGGUGAGUGGUUGAAAUCAUUGGAAUUGUUUCACAAAUUGAUAUCUUUAGAGAUGAUGAGGCCAGACUCUGUAACUAUUGUCAGCAUUCUUCCCGCUUGUGCACAAUUGAAACUCUUGCAAGUGGGCAGAGAGAUCCAUGGCUAUAUUCUUCGACGUCCUAUGCUAUAUGAGUCUACAACAGUUGGAAAUGCCAUGCUUAGUCUCUAUGUGAAAUGCGAUAAAGUUGAAGAUGCUGUUAGGACAUUUUUAAUGAUGUCUAGGAGAGAUUUGAUAUCGUGGAAUACCAUGCUGGUUGCCUUUUCAGGUAUUUGCAAUUCUACCAAGUUUCUGAACUUAUUAAACGGGCUGCUAAAGGGUGGUAUGAUACCGGACCAAAUAACCAUCUUAACCAUAAUUCAGUUUUGUUGUGCGGUAUUGAGAGUAGAAAAGGUUAAAGAAACUCAUAGCUUUUCAAUUAAGGCUGGGUUAUUGUUGAAUGAUAUUGAGCCUAAUAUUGGAAAUGCGAUACUUGAUGCAUACGCCAAAUGUGGUAAAAUGGACUAUGCAUACAAGAUCUUUCAGAGUUUAUCACAGAAAAAAAAAUUAGUGACAGGUACUUCAAUGAUUACAGCUUAUAUGAAUUAUGGGUCUCAUGAUGAUGAACAAAUGACAUGCAACUGCAAGUGUGAAACUGAUCUCAUCUCUUGGAAUCUAAUGGUCCGAGCUUAUGCUGAAAAUGAUUGUCCUGCUGAAGCUAUGAAUCUGUUCUAUGAGUUACAAGCUCAAGGAAUGAAGCCGGAUGCAAUGGCCAUUAUGAGCCUCCUUCCUGUAUCUGCUCAAAUAUCCUCAGUCCACCUGCUGAGGCAGUGUCAUGGAUAUGUUGUGAGAGCUUUUCUUCAUGAUGUUUACUUAACAGGAGCUCUGUUAGAUAUGUAUGCGAAAUGUGGUGCCAUAUUAUGUGCUUAUAAGCUGUUUCAGUCCUGUCUGAAUAAGGAUCUGGUUAUGUUUACAGCUAUGAUUAGUGGGUUUGCCAUGCAUGGUAUGGGAGAAGAAGCAAUUGGAGUUUUCUCUCAUAUGCUCAAGUUGGGCAUACAGCCUGAUAACGUUACCAUUACUGCUGUUUUAUCUGCUUGCAGUCAUGCUGGCCUUGUGGAUGAAGGGCUGAAGAUCUUUUGUACUAUAGAUGAGGUUUAUGGGGUCAAACCAACCAUGGAACAGUAUGCAUGUGUGGUGGAUCUCCUUGCAAGAGGUGGGCGCAUUGAUGAUGCAUUUUCUUUUGUGUCCAAGAUGCCCAUUGAAGCUAAUGCCAACAUAUGGGGGACAUUGCUGGGUGCUUGUAGAACUCAUCAUAUGGUGGAGUUGGGCCGUGUUGUGGCAGAUCAUCUGUUUAAAAUUGAAGUUAAUAAUAUAGGGAACUACAUGGUGAUGUCAAACUUAUAUGCAUCAGAAGCUAGAUGGGAUGGUGUCAUGGAGGUAAGACAGCUCAUGAGGAUUAGAGACCUUAAAAAGCCUGCGGGAUGCAGUUGGAUAGAAGUGGAGAGGAGGACAAACGGUUUUAUAGCUGGAGACUUGUCCCAUCCACAGAGAAGUAUUAUUUACAAUACGUUGAGUACAUUGGACCAACAAAUUAAAGAGCCAGUUUAAUUAAGACAGGACACUUUGAACGCUGUUUUUUUUUUUUUUUAAUUCUUACCUCUUGUUUGCUUUGCUGACUGCCCUUUUGAUUUUUGUAAAACAACAAAGAAAACAACCAAAUUGUUUCAACAUUCAUAGGAUAUUAUUUGACUUUUGAAAAUUAUGCUACAAGACAGCAACUACUUACUGGUCAGUAUUGCAUGUAAUUCUAAAUAGCAAUUGUAAUAUUACUGCUCAAAGUCUUCCUAUUCCACAUACCAUAUGGA